AUGGGACAAGUAGCAUCUGUACCGACAGAUAAAAGGCGGAAAUUGGAGGUAAUAGGUGCUGGAUUCUCCAGAACCGGCACAUUGUCCUACGCAUAUGCUCUAGAAAUGCUCCUUAAUGGACCAGUACACCACACAGCUACUCAGCUUUUCAAUCGAGAAGAUUCGUACUGCAGAAAAUGGAAUCAAGUAUACCGAUAUCGGCGCGAAGGCAAUCGUACGCAGUUGUUUAAGGCGUUGGAAGAUGUUUUCUCGGGUUUUGUUGGCGCAACUGAUGUGGCUGCCACCGAUUUCAUUCCAGAGCUCAUGGAAUUAUAUCCAGACGCCAAAUUCGUGCUUGUCACACGACCCCCAGCAGCCUGGUGGAAAAGUUUCAAGUCAGUGGCUGAUAACGCAGGAAACAAUGUGAUGGGGUAUAUAGUUAUGCCGCUGCCCGGUAUCCGAUGGUUUGUUGAUACAGCGCGAGGGUUCUUUGAAUCAGCUGAAGAUAGGACCGGACACAAAUGCAAUCCGUUCUGGAUUGAGCAACACAACGAGUAUGUGCGUAAAACAGUUCCAAGGGAGCGUUUACUUGAGGUGGAGCUUGGAUCUGGAUGGGAGCCACUGUGUAAAUUCCUAGGUAAGCGAAUCCCAAACCAGCCGUUUCCACAUGUCAACGAGGCUGCGGCAAGAGAUAUGUUUGUUCAUAAAAUAUUGCAAAGAGCAGCAAUGGCUUGGACUGGGAUAUUUAUAAUCGUUGGGUUCAUUUUUUAUUUACUUUUAUAA